AAAACCUUUAAAAUAAAAAUAAUAUCGGGACCGCAUAAAAGGACCCCGGGGGAUACAAGUAUUUUAACCCUUAAAAAGCCGGUUAUUUGCUUUAAAUGCGGGCAAUUAAACCAUAUCGCUACAAUAUGCAAAAUACGAACGAAUAACCCGAAAAUCCCGUUGGCCCCAGCGACUAUACAAAAAGCGAAAGGGAAAAGGCCCGAAGUACGGUGUUACGGGUAUAAAAAGUUGGGCCAUAUCCGGCCGGCGUGCCCCAAAAAAAGCAAAAUAUCGCUACCCAAUUUAACACCGCUAUUUGGCCGUUUAAGCACCGGGGCUUAA